GCUCCCGCCCGGCCCCCAAGAGGGCGGGCGGGAGGAGGGGGCAGACUAGUGCUGGCGCUGGCGGGAGCGGCCGUGUGUGGCCGGGGCUCCUGGGGAAGCAGCACUGGCCAGGGUUGGUCCGGGCCCCCCAGCCAUCCCCGCCACCGCUGGCGGCUUCGGCUAGUCCUUCCCAGGCCCCUUUCUCCUCUCGCCGUGGAGGGGUCCCGGGCUUUGCGAUGGGCGGUGCUGCCCGCGGGCCGGGCAGGAAGGAUGCGGGGCCGCCGCGAGCUGGGCCCCCAGCCCAGGAACCACGAAGGUUGGGAGAUGGUGUGUAUGACACCUUCAUGAUGUUAGAUGAAACUAAAUGUCCACCUGGUUCCAAUACAACCUGCAACCCUUCUGAACCAGCUCUACCUAGAAGAUUAUAUAUUACUACUGAAAAGCUAACAACAAACCACAUUCAACCAAUCUCAAAUGGAGGUGACAUUAAGGUGGAACAACUGUUUCAGGAAUUUGGCAACAGAAGAACCAAUGCUUUUCAAUCAGUAGGAACAAAUAGCUCUGAAAAGUAUCCUUCCACAAUUUCUCAGGGUAAAAGUUCAGACAGUUUGAACACUGUCAAAUCUGGUAGCUCAUCCAAAGCUCUAAAAGUGGUACCUCUGACUCCUGAACAGGCACUAAAGCAGUAUAAGCAUCAUCUGACUCCUUAUGAGAAGCUAGAAAUCAUCAAUUAUCCUGAAGUUUAUUUUGUGGGUCCAAAUGCUAAGAAAAGACAUGGUGUCAUGGGGGGCCCCAACAAUGGGGGAUAUGAUGAUGCUGAGGGAGGCUACAUUCAUGUACCUCGAGACCACUUAGCUUAUAGGUAUGAGGUGCUGAAAAUCAUUGGGAAAGGCAGCUUUGGGCAAGUAGCUCGAGUAUAUGACCACAAACUUCACCAGUACGUUGCCCUGAAGAUGGUCCGCAAUGAAAAGCGCUUUCAUCGACAAGCUGCUGAAGAAAUUAAGAUUUUAGAGCAUCUUAAGAAACAGGAUAAAACAGGCAGCAUGAAUGUUAUUCACAUGCUAGAAAGCUUUACAUUCCGGAAUCAUGUCUGUAUGGCUUUUGAAUUGCUAAGCAUAGACCUCUAUGAGCUGAUCAAAAAGAACAAAUUUCAGGGAUUCAGCGUCCAGCUGGUGCGCAAAUUUGCUCAGUCUAUUUUGCAGUCUCUGGAUGCUCUUCAUAGAAACAAGAUCAUUCACUGUGACCUGAAACCAGAAAACAUUCUUCUAAAACAACAUGGCCGCAGUGCGACCAAGGUCAUUGACUUUGGCUCCAGCUGUUUUGAGUACCAGAAACUGUACACGUAUAUCCAGUCUCGCUUUUACAGAGCACCAGAGAUCAUCUUGGGAAGUCGAUACAGCACGCCUAUUGAUGUCUGGAGCUUUGGCUGUAUUCUUGCAGAACUCUUGACUGGACAGCCUCUCUUCCCUGGAGAGGAUGAGGGGGACCAGUUAGCUUGCAUAAUGGAGCUUCUAGGGAUGCCCCCUCCAAAACUUCUCGAGCAAGCUAAGCGUGCCAAGUACUUUAUCAACUCCAAGGGUCUGCCUCGAUAUUGUUCUGUGACUACUCAGCCAGAUGGCAGAGCUGUCCUUGUUGGGGGGCGUUCACGCCGGGGUAAGAAGCGAGGUCCCCCAGGCAGCAAAGACUGGGUAACAGCACUAAAAGGGUGUGAUGACUACUUGUUUGUAGAGUUCUUAAAAAGAUGUCUUCAUUGGGACCCUUCUGCUCGCCUAACCCCAGCUCAGGCUUUAAGACAUCCUUGGAUUAGUAAACCCAUACCCAGACCUCUCACUACAGACAAAAUGCCAGGGAAACGGAUAGUAAAUCCUGUGAAUGCUUUGCAAGGAUUGGGUUCCAAGUUGCCUCCAGUUACUGGAAUAGCCAACAAGCUUAAAGCUAAUUUAAUGUCAGAAACUAAUGGCAGUAUACCUUUGUGCAGUGUCCUGCCAAAACUCAUCAGCUAGUAAAGAGUGAUCUGUGUGGAAAUAUGCAUAAAUGAUAUUUUGCUUCAUCCUGAAAACCUGCGAAAUGGAAAAUAUGACAUCCUCAGAACCCCUGUUUUUGACAACUAAGACUUUUUUAAAAGCAAAAACUUUUUUAUAUGUAUGAAAAUGAACUUUUCAAGGGCUAAUUAUCUAAUCAUCUUGUUUCAGCUAUUAAAUUACUUUUUAUAGGUCAGUGUACUUUCUUUAUCAUUAAGUUUAGUAUGUUUUAUUGGGUUAAACCCCUUCUCUGAGAUGAAGUAUAUAGAAAAAUGUGUCCUGGCUAUGAUCUUCAUUUUUUCCUAGUAUCUUUUUCCAUUGGUGAAGAAAUCAAAAUUUUGGAAUAUCUUAAGAAAAAAAACAGGAAGUGUGAAUAUUAUUCCCAUACUAGAAAAUUGCACUUUCCAGAAUUAUAUUUCUUUGCCCUUUGAAUUCAUGAUGUAGAGUGAGGAUGGAAAUGGAGAUAAUUUUAGGAAGUAUUGGCAAUUGGAUGAUAUGUAGAACCAAAAAUCUCUUGCCAUAAGAAGCUAUAUUCUAAGUAAGAAUGAUGGAGAAAAUAGAGAGAGGACCUGUGGGUCUUAUUCUUUCCUCCCAUUACUUGAGAUUUUUUACUCUUUUCUUGUGCUUCUGACUUGUUUUCGAGAAACUUGAAGGGAAUAAUAGCCAUUGCUCCUAACCCUCAUUUGAGGUAACCUGAAUACUCAUUUGAGAACUGAAGCCCAGGCCCAAGACAUCUCAAUUAUUCCUCAGUCACCCACAAUGCUAGAGGCAGAAUUAACACUAAAACUCAGGUUUAUUAAUCUGCUUCUGAGUACACUAAGUUGACUCUUAGGUUUCCCUUCUCCAUCCCAACCCUUAACACUCGUCCUCCCAAACCCAAAUCAUACAUAUCCAACGAUACCAAUAAUAGAAAACUGGUGUCAGAAGAACCAAAAAUGCAUAGUAAAUGCUUUGCCAUUAUUCUCUGCCCUUCACUAACCACUCUUUUCCAUCUGUCUCUUCUCUCCAACCCUGCCUUAAGUGUCAUUUAAGGUUUCAUCUUUGAUUCAGAGAAGAUUUUUCUGAGAAGCACAGAUCUUUUAUUUGUAUAAGAUUCGAUUAAAAUAUCCAAAAACUAUUACUGUUUGUAUAAGUAACUCCAAACUAUUUCCUUCCUUUAUUAGAUGCAAUUGAAAAUGUGAACAGUAGCAAAUAACAAUUAUUGUUAGCCAAAUAGCCAACCUGAAAGAAAAGCAGGGAAAUUUUCAAAUAAUGCACUGAUUUCUGUUGCUUUCUUUUCUCUUGUCUCUGGCUCUACUAACACCCAUUCCUAGAAUAAAUAUUCAGUGACUUGCUGGAUUCUUUGAGGUCGAUUCUCAGAAUGAUCCAUUUCUAUCUUUUCAUUAUAUUCUAUGAAGAAUUGUAACUGUAAAUUAUCUGGAAGGGAAUUCCUUGCCCGUAUUCAAUGUAGGGAAACCCUGGAAUGGAUGGUUUUGAAAUUCCCUUCUAGCCAUUGAUCAUAUAAUCCUGGGUUUUUGAUAGAUCAGAAGAAGAAAAAUGUCAUAUGUAUAAUUCAUAAUACACUAUCCAGGUCUGAAAACCUCCAUGAUUUCCUUGGGAAACCUCAGUAAAUCAAUUAACAAACAUGUAUAAAGUGCCUAUAUGAGUUACUACUUUACUGGUAGUUUUCUAAACUUAAGUAGAUUUCAUCAUAGCCUCAGUAUCCAAAGCAAAAUGGCUAUUUGGAAAAAUAGAGAUGGUACAAAUAAGGCUAGUUAGUACCUUUUUAUGAAUAUCCAGUUAUUUUUUUGGUGAUUGAGGAGAAUUUUGUAGCUAACCAGCAUGGCCGAGAAGGUCUUUUAAAAAAGCAAACCACACGCACCAUUAAAAACACUUUAUCUCCAGUAUUGGUUUGCAGAAGGAAGACUUCUCAUCCAACUCUUGCAAAUCAUUGUACCUCCUGCUGAGUUCUCUGGCUUCUUGGGUCGGUUAUUUGGGAAGCUUCUUGCUAUCUAGACAUAGCAUAAGUUGAGAGCACCCUGUUAACUGUUAUCAGUAUGAAGGCACACUAAGCAAACUCUUAAAGACUGUUGACAUCUUUUUUAAAAGGAAAAAAAAGCCAUAACUUGUGGAAAUGUUGUGUUUUAAUUUAAGAGACUUACUUUAGUUUAGCUGGCAAUUCCUUCAGUUGCUGGGCCUAGAUUGGGUCCUUCUCCUUGAGAGAUUUCUGUGUCACAAUAUUUUGAUUUGCCUUUGGAAUUACUGAAAUUCAGCUGAGUCGGGGGAAAAGGCUAGUAGGAAAAAGCAGGCAAAACUAAGAAGACAAAUGUAAGGCUCUGGAAAGGUGAAGUGCUAGGUCUUUUUGUUCAAAUUUUGCAGCCCAGACAAUGAUGCAGAGUAGAAUCAUUUUGAUUUGGCCUUUUUGCCUUUCAAGAGUGAUUUCAUUUGAAAAAUUGCAAGAGAGUGGGCAGUUUUAUAGCAUGCUGAUUAUUGUACAGAUGGCUUUGAGGAGGUUUUUGGAUGGUGAUGGGGAGAGAUAAGUUUCUAACUGUAUUCUGCGUGGUAGGUUUUUAAUAUCUGCUUCCAUCAUCAUUAUCAUCAACAAUAUGCCGUUGUUAAGCAUUUACUAUGUUCCAGGAACUGUUUAGUGAUGAGGAUACAAAAAAAGGCAAAAACAUGGUCUCUGCCCUCAUGGAUCCCUUUCUAACUACUAGAACAUUUUAUUACCCACCAAGCUCUACAGUUUAUUUAGGUGAUAUCAAUAGUACUUUCAGUCAAACUAUUGGUCAAUUAAAUUGAACAACCUAUUUGAUGGAUUCCCACUCCACACUGAAUAGUGAGCAAUAACAAGUGUUGUAUUAUCCACAAAAUUAUUAAUAGAACCAGAGGAAAGCCCAUAGCACAUUUGGUAGAGCUUCAUAUACAGAAAGUCAUGGAAUCACAUGGGAUGAGAAAGCCUGGAUAUGUUCAGCUCUUUCUAGUGACCACAACAAAGAUCACUUAAUAAGUGAUAUAUAAUAAGUCAAUAGGUUUCUUGGUAUUGCAACAAUGGCUUCCUAACUAAUGAAUCAGGUGGAGAUUAUUAUAAAAUUUGUUCCUACAUUUAUCCUUGUGUGCCACAAGGUCCCUUCCAGCACAUUCUUGGUCAUCUUACAAGCUAUUAAGAAAUACACAGUUUUAGGAGCUUUGCCAACCAUAAGAUUUCCAAUCAAAUGAGAUUGGCUAAUCCUGUUACUCCUCCCAUCAGAUUUAUUAAAUCCUAUUACAUAUAUUAGAAUGUACACUCUUCAUGGGUCAGUUCAUGUCCUCAGUAUACUUAGUACAGUGUCCAGCUCACUAUGGGUGCUCAGUUUCACCAAUAAGAAGUUCAUGUGUGCAGAAGAAGGUUUUGGGUGCCUGUGUAAACUAUAAAUUACCCUAUCUUCUGUCAUAAUGAUCCAAAGAAUGCCCUAAUUUUUUUUGAGAUGGGAUCACUGCCUCUCUACCUCUUUAAAUGUAUUUAAUCUGGUCACUGAAAAAAACCCCAACAACUGUGCUAUAUAAGCUCUGCUUUCCCACAGAAUGGCAACAGAAAUAAAUCAAGAUCACCUCUUCAGUGUUCACCCACCAGGUAAACAAACUUCCUUUGGCAGAGAUGCAUCUGUUUUCCUAAAUAUUAGGAGUUUGCAGUCAAAUCAGCUAGUCAAUCUUAUAAGUUUUUUUUUUUAAUUUCUGGGACAUUUAAUUGGUUGAGAAUGAGUUGUUUUUGCAUGAACUGAACAACAACAACAAACAAAUAAAAACUCAUUGGGCAUCUGA